AUGUCGGCCGAGCAGGGGAACGCCUUGUCCGAGCUGCGCCUCGGUGACUACGCGUACUACGGUUGGGGCUUGCGCAUUGACGACUCCGUCGGCGACGUCGGCGAGAACGUCACAGAAGAGGAGGCGCUGGCGGAGGCCGUGGAGGCGCCCCGCCUGGUCCGCCAGGAGGUCGACCUUAGGCUGUCCAUGGACCGCUACAUGCGCACGGCCGCCAUGAAGGCGGGGCCGGCAGCGAGCGACAGUCGGCACGUCCAGCGCGUCCACCCCUCGGUGGCUGUGCCGACGAUAUGCCCCGAUCUGCUGAACAGGUACAGCGUGAGGAACCAGGCACUCAUGCGCAGCAGACUCCCACUAGAGAGUGACCAUCUGGUCGCAGGCUGCUGGCGCAAGCAGAUGAAGAAGCUCAGGAGCGCGGUCAUGCUAAUGCACACGCAGAGUACGACGUACAGCAUGGGUGGCUACAACAACAGCGAGACCGCGGACAACCAAGAAUUGCGCUUUUCAAUGAUGGAGUCGAUCAGGGCCCAUAUAGAGUGGACGGAGGAGAUGGAGAGGCUCUUGCUGGGCGCCAUUGGCACAGCCAUCCCGUCGAGCGAGAUGCGGACGGGAGCGGUUCUAGCCUCGACAACGAUUGUCAUCGACUCUGGCCUGCAGAAGCUGAUGGACCACAAGCGCAAGCUCAUACUCAGCCUGAGCAGGUGCGAGGCGCUCGACGGCACAAGCGACCUGGAGAAGCUCGCCAAAGAGGAGGACGUGAUGUUCCUGACCGACCACGACAAGGCGCACGAGGGCACGCAAGCGGGCGAGCUGACGCCCAACGAGAAGAACGACGAGAACGCGACGACGCAGCUGUCGCGGUGGGGCGCGGAGGACGACGAGACUUGGAUCCCCUGCGGCUGGAAAGUCAAAAAGGCCAGAGCGGCAGGGAUCGACUGCGGCAAGAUCAAGAAGCAGAAGAACGACGACACGAAACAGUAG